CCUUUCCCCCACUCUCCCACUUGUCUAAAGUCGCGCCUCUUGCCCGCGGGGGCUGUGGGCAUGCUCAGUGAACUGGCUGGGGCAAGUUGGACUUGCAUGGGGAAGACGCCUUUGCCCUAACCCGGACUCGGGGCUGGAUUGACAGCUUGGGGAAGGAGGAGGAGGAGGAAGAGAAAGGCCGGAGAGGAGGGAGCCCCAGCCAGAGACACAUGCGCGCUACUGCUGCUGCCGCCGCCGCCGCCGUCCUUCGCUUCCCAGGGAAAGGAAAUCUCUAAGAAACGGGCAGCCGCGGCCCGCCACUUCCACUCUCUUGCCCCUUCCCCGCGGCGCUGCCUGCCCGUCUGUUCCUGUAGAGAGGGGCACAAUUUGAGGCACAAUCUCCCUUUCCCCCGGGGGGGCGCAGGGACCCCCGCCAGCGCGGAGGGGCGGGGUGGGGGGACCGGGGGAAGAAGAUGGCGACGCUGGGCAGUGAGCCCCAACCUUUCGCCCCUGCGCUCCCGGUUGCAGCCUUGCACCAGCAUCACCAUCACCAUCACCAUCACCAUCACCACCACAGCGGAGCUGGGGCAGUAGUAGCUGGUGGAGGGGCUGGAGCCGGAGCUGGGGGCGGCGGGGGAGGCUACAACCUGCCUCUGAACCGAGGUCUGGAGCGGGCGCUCGAGGAGGCGGCCAACUCCGGGGGGCUCAACCUCAGCGCCCGAAAACUGAAGGAGUUUCCCAGAACCGUGGCCCUCGGACAUGACCUCUCAGACACUGUGCAGGCAGAUCUCUCCAAGAACAGAUUGAUUGAAGUUCCCAUGGAAUUGUGCCAUUUUGUAUCUCUGGAGAUAUUGAAUCUGUAUCACAAUUGUAUCAAAGUUAUUCCAGAGGCCAUCAUCAACUUGCAGAUGCUAACUUACUUAAAUUUGAGUCGCAAUCAACUGUCAUCGUUGCCAGCCUGCCUGUGUGGUCUCCCUCUCAAAGUCUUAAUUGCAAGUAACAACAAGCUUGGAUCUCUUCCAGAAGAGAUAGGUCAGCUCAAACAGUUAAUGGAAUUGGAUGUCAGCUGCAAUGAAAUCACAGCUCUGCCACAGCAGAUAGGACAACUUAAAUCUUUAAGAGAACUGAACAUCAGAAGAAAUUACCUUAAAGUUUUGCCACCAGAACUUGUAGAUCUUCCCUUGGUAAAAUUUGAUUUUUCCUGCAAUAAAGUGCUCGUGAUUCCAAUUUGUUUUAGAGAGAUGAAGCAGCUUCAAGUGUUACUACUUGAGAACAAUCCCCUCCAGUCCCCUCCAGCACAGAUUUGUACAAAGGGCAAAGUGCACAUAUUCAAGUAUCUGAGCAUACAAGCCUGUCAGAUUAAAUCAACAGACUCACUUUAUCUUCAUACUAUGGAGAGGCCAAAUCUACAACAGCAUGUGGAAGAGAGCAAGAAAGAUUCUGAUUCAGGAGUCGGAAGUGAUAAUGGAGAUAAGCGUUUAUCAGCCACUGAGCCUUCUGAUGAAGAUACUGUCAGCCUUAAUGCACCGAUGUCAAAUAUCAUGGAAGAAGAACAGAUUGUCAAGGAAGAUUCAUGUCAUCGCCUUAGCCCGGUCAAAGGGGAAUUUCAUCAGGAAUUUCAUCAGGAGCCUUCCCUUUUGACUGAAAAUGAUAACUCAGGAGAAGAUAGAGAACAGUUCAUUGAUGAAACUGAUGCCCUCUCUACUAAAUUUAUUAGCUAUAUUAAGGGCAGAACGAGUGACUGUGAUGAGUUAUUACGGAUAGAAGAGGACACACACUGGCAAACAGAAGGAAUGACAAAUUUAUCAGAUAACCAAGAUGUGGAUAUAGCAAUGAUAGAUCAACUCAGAGAAGCAGUAGAUUUGUUACAGGAUCCCAACAGAUUAAGUACAGAUAUUACAGAGAGAAGUAUCAUGAACCUCUAUCCCUUGGACUCAGCAACAGCCUUAGAAUUACAAGAUUCUACAUUGAAUGGUCAAAUACAGCCAGAAUCAUCUGAUUGUCAGGUACAAAAUGAUCUGGCUUUAGGAAGUAUGGGGAUCCGGUGUUCUCAAAAUGAGCAAAUUAAAGAGGACUCCCCUGCCAUCUCCCCUACUGAAAAUAGCCCAGCUCCAUUUGGCCUGAAACCUCGAUCAGACCCAUCCCUCACUCUUCCUCCUAUCUCCUUCAACAAACUUACACAGGCACAAACAUGGGACAACUAUAGCUACAAUAUUCCAUCAGAAGGAGACAGUGACAAUGUGUUCUCAAGACCACAGAGGAAUUUGGAAUCCAUAGAUCCUCAGUUUACAAUUAGGAGGAAGAUGGAGCAAAUGAGAGAAGAGAAAGAACUUGUAGAACAUCUGCGAGAGAGCAUUGAGAUGAGACUAAAAGUCAGCUUACAUGAAGACCUUGGAGCAGCUCUGAUGGAUGGUGUGGUCCUCUGUCACUUAGUUAAUCACAUCCGUCCUCGAUCUGUAGCAAGUAUUCAUGUUCCCUCACCAGCAGUGCCCAAACUUAGUAUGGCGAAAUGCAGAAGAAAUGUGGAAAAUUUUUUGGAAGCAUGCCGGAAAUUAGGAGUUCCAGAGGAAAAACUUUGUCUACCACAUCACAUCCUUGAGGAAAAAGGCCUGGUCAAAGUGAGCAUAACAGUUCAAGCGUUACUAGAUGUCACUGUAACGAAGGCUUUGUUCACAUGAAAUCACCACCAUCUCUCCUUUAAAUCUACACAACUUCACCAGAGAUCAAGAACUCUGCUCUUGAAUUCACUUCCUCCCUUCACUCCUCCAAAUUCCCAAUCCAGAAGCGCAUUGAAAAUAUUUCCACUGGGAGAGAAAAAUUCUUCCUUUCCCAUCUGAAAAUCCAGCCUAGAUACUUGAUGUGGUGUGGCCAAGAACUAGCAACUAUUAAGAAAUGAGCACUUCCAAUAUAUGGAACUUUCUUCCUCCCUUCCAUAUUCACCUGCUGCCUUUACCAAAGCACCGAGGACAGCUGUUUUUGCAGCCAAAUGCAUUCAUUUUUAUUAGUACCAAACUCAUACAUUUGGGGGGAGGGAGUUAGGGUUUUCACCAUCAAAUUUUUUCAGGAUGUUGCUUCAGACCCAUUGCCUUUUAAAAACUAUUUAGAACAUACAAAAUAUUUAUAUAAAUAUUAUUUAUUAGUAAGUUGUUAUUCAUCCUUUGGAUGCAAAAUGUAAAUUAGGAAACUGUAUUUUAUUACUGCUUUUUUGUGGUUAAACACUUUAUUUUAAUAUUAUAAAUAUUUAGUUAUUUUCUAUCCUAUUUGGUGUGCAGUAGUUUUAGACUUUAGUAAUCAUGUUUUCUAGUGUAUAUGAUUUUUUAAAAACUCAACAAAAAUAGGUGCUUCAAUGACAGCUGUUUUCUUGGGGAGGCAUUGUUCAUAUUUUGGUUUGUGGAACAUCAGCCUAAUUUAUAUUUCUGCAUUCCAUUCAAUUUCUUACAUUCCAGCAGUCCUGUUGUCCCCCAUGCUAAUGAAUUGACAUAAAUCAAGAGAGCACCCACAUUUAUUUGUAAAUAGCUGUGAUGAUACAAGGAAAGAUUAAACUUGAAGACAAAAUGUGAACAACUAUUUUUUGGAUUGAUACUUAUUUUUACUAUGCACAAGACAUUAAACUUUUAACACAACAAGUAGGAGUUAGCAACAUGAGUCUUGAAAUAUAAUUUUGCACUGUAACCUGGGUAACUUAAAAGACUUCAGCACUAGAGGCAGAGACUGAGAAAACAGCACAAGAAAAUGAAGAUAAAAAAAGUUUACUCUUUAACCAAAAAGGUCUUUAGUGGGCCCAGCAUAAAAGGAAAAACAUUGAGUUGUCAAAGUUCAUUUAAGGUCCAUUGCACCUGGAUUCAGUAGAGUGAUACUUUUUACAACUGCCAAUUUUUUUUUUUAAAGGAGAUAUUUCUUAGAUGUAAAAAGUUUAUUUUAUUCUAUUUUAGUGGGUGGGCAGGGGCAGGGAUGAGGGAAAAAGGGAAUUUUUAGAGUUUCAAGGCAAUUCUUAAAAGAAUGCAAGAUUUCUUUUCUUUGUCCUGAAACCCUAGAAAUGAAUCUUGAGUCCUCAGGCCAACCACGUGAAGAUGCUGCAUGUAGUCCAAAAGGCGUCUGGUAGAGGUAGCGGAGCAAGAAAGCUUAGGAUCAUAGAGUCAUAGAUGGAGAACUGGAAAGGACCUCACAAGGGCUUUAGUCCAACCCCUUAAUUUUAUAGGUGAGGAAAAACAGGCCCAGGGAGCUAAGCAAGUGUAGGUUUAUAAAGCAGCAGGGUGAAGGAAUGAUUAUAGAGGGCACUGGAAAAGAAAGGGAAAUACACGGAGGCAAAGAGUGUUUGAAAGAACCAGCUGUUUCAGUCACACUACAACCUAUUUUAGGCAGUUUAUGCUUGUUCACUCUGAUGCUGCAUUUACAGAGACCAAUAUUCCGAUAUUCUUUCAAAGUCUUGAUUAUAUGUGAAUGAAUGCCAGCCACAUGUCCCAAACUGCAAAGAGCAAUUGUCAUCACGUUCAUCAGCAGGCGAUGCAGCACCUGGUGAGGAAGCUAACGGCGAUCGAUUGGGAGGACAGUGUGCAUUAAACGUUCAUUAACUUUAACCAAAGCAGAAGCUUGUGUUCUAAGGAAGAGGCAUUGGCUGAAGAGUAAUUUGGAUUGGCGGCGAGCAUAUUGUUUCCUAUGUAAUGUACUGUGCACUUUAACGCUAAAUUAAAAUGUAUUUUAAUAUUUCCCAGGGCUGCACAAAUAUUUACCUGUUGUGUCAAACAGCACAAAAGGUAUAAAGAAGAAAGAUUUUGAAUAGAGUAUAUACAAUUUAAGAAACAUUCAAAGAUUGCUUAUAUGAAUAGGAAUAUUGAUUGCUGCAUCUCAAAGGGCAAGAAUGCAGGGUCCUGAAGUAUUUUUUUACAUGUAUAUAUGGCAACAUGAAGCUUUGUAAUCAUUGUUUUGAGAGAUCUUGGUUUUUUCAAAAUUAAAAUAUUUCUUUUGAUAUUGAUUUUCAGUA